UUCCCCGACGCCUCUGAGCUGCCCCGCUGGGCUGAUCUGCUUAAAAAGAACAUUGAUAUCUUUGCUCUUGACUUUGAUGUUAUCCUUGGUGCUAUGUAUGCAUUGACUAUUAGUGUUGAGGGUGACUGUUACCUGCGUGUCCCGCCCGACCCGGGCAUUGAGUCCAGUGCGGCUGCCGCUCUAGGUGCUAGUGCGUCUGCUGCCCCAGGUCCUAGUGAGGCUACUGCUCUAGGUGCUGGUGAGUCUGCUGCUUCAGGUGCUCGUGAGUCUGCGCCUUUAGGUACUGCGUCUACUGAGGCACUGCACACCUUCACACUGGACUCAGGUGCUUCCCAUUGUUUCUUUCGAGACCGCACUGCCCUAGCGCAGCUCCCUAGGCCUGUUGCUGUCUCCCUGGCUGACCCCUCCGGGGGUCCGGUCCUUGCGACCUCCACCACUGCCCUCCCUUGUCCAGCUGUCCUGUCCGGCACGCUGUCGGGUCUUUACCUCCCCUCGUUCUCUACGAACUUUGUGGCGGGUUCCGCGCUCCAGGAUGCGGGUGUUCACCAGUUCACCCCUGCCUAUGAGCGUGUGACACACUGCACGUGUGCUCAGACGGGUCGUCACCUGGCUACCUUCACUCGGCAGCCGGGGUCGGACCUGUACACACUGACCACUGAGUCCCCUCAGGUAGCUGCGUCUGCGUCAGCGUCAGGUCAGUUGUCCGCCCCCCGCUCGUGUCGCACCUUGUCGCACCGGACGGUCCUAUGGCAUCACCGCCUUGGUCACCCUUCGAUGCAGCGCCUUCGUGGCAUGCACUCCCGGUACCUUGUCUCUGGUCUCCCCAGGUCACUGCCUCCCCUGCCACUGUCCCCUGCCCCUCCUUGCCUUCCCUGUGUCGAGGGGCGGCAGCGCGCUGCCCCCCACUCCUCUGAGUUUCCCCCGACGGAGACUCCUCUGCAGACCCUUCACAUGGACGUGUGGGGCCCAGCCCGCGUCCGUGGACAGGGCGGAGAGCGCUACUUUCUGCUGGUCGUUGACGACUACACGCGUUACACCACGGUCUUCCCCUUGUGCACCAAGGGUGAGGUCCCUGAUGUCUUGAUCCCUUGGAUCCGCGCUACCCGUCUCCAGCUGGAGAGGCGCUUUCACACGGACCUUCCCGUCCUGCGACUGCACUCUGACAGAGGUGGUGAGUUUUCCUCCGGCCUCUUGAGGGCCUUCUGUCAGGGGGAGGGCAUUGAGCAGACGUUCACGCUUUCGGCCUCUCCGCAGCAAAAUGGGGUUGCUGAGCGCCGCAUUGGCUUGGUCAUGGAGGUCGCUCGUACCUCCUUGAUCCAUGCGGCUGCCCCCCAUUUUCUGUGGCCGUUUGCAGUCCGGUACGCCGCGCAUCAGCUCAACCUCUGGCCCCGUGUCUCCGUUCCGGAGACCUCGCCGACACUGCGUUGGACGGGAGAGGUUGGCGAUGCGUCCGUGUUCCGGGUCAAGGGAUCUCGUGCCUUUGUCCGCGAUACGUCCGCGGACAAGCUCUCCUCCCGCGCUGUUCCUUGUGUCUUCCUUGGCUUUGUCCCUGACGCGCCUGGUUGGCAGUUUUACCACCCCACCUCGCGCCGUGUCUUCCCCUCUCAAGACGUCACGUUUGACGAGUCGGUCCCCUUUUACCAUCUCUUCCCCUACCGCACUGCCCCGCUCCCCCCUCCGCCGCUCUUCCUCACGCCAGGUGCUGCUUCGGUAGACCCCCUACCUCCCCAGGGUCCUGCUCCCUCAGGUGUUUCCCAGGUAGACCCAGUCGAGCCUGUCGAGGUAGCUGUCGACUCUGGUCCUGCGCGAGGUACUGAGCAUGAGCGUGCUGAGCAUGGAGGUGCUGAGACUGGGGGUGCUGAGACUUGGGGUGCUGAGACUGGGGGUGCCGAGCCUGGGGGUGCUGAGAGUGGGGGUGCUGAGACUGGGGGUGCUGAGCCUGGGGGUGCGGAGCCUGGGGGUGCUGUGCCUGGGAGUACUGUGCCUGGGGGCGCUCUCUCGUCCCAGCAGCUGCGUGAGUGGUACUCUCAGCACUGUCGCCGCCGACGUGGUGCUGUGGGAGCUGGGGGUGCUACUGGAGCUGGAGCUGAGGGCGCUGGAGCUACUGGUGCUGGUGUGGCUGCCGACCCUGGGGUUGGCGCUGGAGGUGCUGGCACCACUGGUCCUGGAGGUGCUCGAACUGGAGGUAGUGGAGCUGCUGGGACUGGAGGUGCUGCUGGAGCUGCUGGAGUUGCUGGAGCUAGUGGUAGGGGCUGGAGCUGGAGGCGCUGA